CUUAUGUUGGAAUGUAUAUAUAAGGCACUUUCCCUUUUCACUUCGUCACUGUUGAAGAAGCACAGGUUAUCUUCAUCAUGCGUCUGGCGAUUUUCUUGCUCUUUUGUGUUGGCCUUGCCGCGGCAAUGCCUCUGCAUUCAAUCGAUGUUGAUGACAUCGAUGAAUUCAGCUUGCAGUCCGAAGGUGGUGGCCGCAUUGGCGAAAGACUGAGGGAGCACUUCGAAAACAUUGUCAACAGAAUCAAGAAAGCAUUCGAGGAUGGCAAAGGAGUCCGAGGAGAUCUCUGGAAAAAGGCUGAAGACAUCUAUGAGAAGUUGAAGAAUUUAGGUGUAGAAAUCAGUGAAAAAAUCAAGAGUGUCUUCGAGGACUUGAGAAGCAAAAUGGGAAAGAGUGGUCCAACCUCUUCCAAUGCCGACAUCUCCAACAUCUUAGACAUGUUCAAGAAACUGAAGCAAUUGAUCAAGGAUAAGUUAGACCCUGAAGAACUGAAAGCAAAGGUGGAAAAAAUAUUCGGAAAAGGAAGUGAAUUGGCUGAACAAAUCAUCACUAUGCUGAAAGAAAAAGGCGAGAAGGGCAAGAACAAGAUCCUGGACUGGAUUGACCGCAUCAUCCCCGACAAAGAGGAGCGAUCCAUCUCAGAUGUGUACAACAAACUGAAGGAGUUCUUCAAGGAUCUUCAAAUCGACCUGAAGGAGAGGUUCACCAAGUUCGGUGAGUGGGUCAAGGAAAAGUACGAGAAGGGAUUGGAGAAGGGAAAGACCAAGGCUGAGAACCUCAAGAGGAUUGCCAAGGAGUUUAUUGAAGAUACCAAAGUUAUCGGUAAGGACAUGGCUGAAGAGGCUCGUGAAUUCUUCCGCGAAUACAAGCAGGAUUUGGGCAAACUCUACGAUGAAGUCGUUGAGAAAGUCCGACAGAUCGUGAAAAGCUAAACAUUACGUGACAACUGCUCUUCAAGAUGAAAUAAAAUGUAAAAUCUGAACUUUAUUUCUAAUAAAGAAUUUAGUUCAUAA